CGCGCCCGGGGCGGACAUGUUGUCGCCGAGGCGGAAAGGGCGCAGCGGCCGUUCCCCGCCGGCGCCCGAGAAGAGCCGGCGGUCUCCGGCAGCCCGGGAGCCCGGCGGCGGCAGCUCCGCCAUGGAGGAGGGCGGCGGCGGCGGCGGGUUCCGCCUGUCGGCCGAGUGCCUGGACGAGCCGCCCAACAGCCGCGUGUUCGUGGUGCUGGGCAAGGACACCGGGGAGGCGCUGCUGCGGGACCGCUUCGCCCCCUUCGGCGACAUCCAGAACAUCUGGCUCCUGCGCGACAAGCGCACCAACGAGUCCCGCGGCAUCGCCUUCAUCAAGUUCGCCCGCAGCUCGCAGGCCUGCCGGGCCAUGGAGAUGAUGCACGGCCGCAGCCUGGCUCCCGACACCAAGCCCAUCAAGGUAUUUAUUGCACAAUCAAGAGCUUCUGGAAGCCACCGAGAUGUUGAAGAUGAAGAGCUUACACGAAUCUUUGUUAUGAUACCAAAAUCCUUUACAGAGGAAGAUCUCAGAGAUAAGUUUAAGAUGUAUGGAGAUAUUGAAUAUUGCAGUAUUAUUAAGAACAAGACCACUGGAGAAAGUAAAGGUUUGGGCUAUGUGAGAUAUUUAAAACCAUCCCAAGCUGCCCGAGCAAUUGAAGAGUGUGAUCGAAGCUACCGGGCCAUUUUGGCUGAACCUAGAAACAAGUCAUCUGAGUCCUUUGAACACGAGUAUUAUAGUAGCAGUAAUCAUACAAGGCAGGAACCAAGAGGAAAUAUGUUUCCAUUUGGUGGGCAGCCAGAGUUCUGUAGUUUUGAAAAAAAUGAGAGCAGAAUUCAGGAGUCAAUCUCCAAACGUCUGUCAGUGGUAUCACGACUUCCUUUUGUCCAAGAGCAGCUGUCUGCCCUCUUUGAUCUAAUCCCAGGACUGGAGUACUGUGAUAUUCAGCGAGAUCCUCAUACUAAUAAUGGAUAUGCUGUGAUUCAGUACAGUAGUGCUGCGUCAGCUAUAUACGCCAAGUGUAAAUUACAUGGUUUUGAGUACCCUCCUGGAAAUCGAUUAACUGUCACCUUCCUAGAAGAUGGAAGUGAUAGCUCAGACCUCAUUAGAAGAAUGGCAACAGAGCUAGUAACAGCACACAUGUCAUCACUGUUGUGGAAUAAUAAUUCAAUUUCUCAGCAGUGUAGGACACCUCCUCAGGCAUUUGGAGGAACUUCUGGCUCACAGUUAAUUCAACCCCAAACAGAUGCCAUACUUCCACCACACAAAAAAAAAGUUCCACCUGACACUUCUGUGAAGGAAAGGCUUUUCAUACUAUUUAAUCCCCAUCCUUUACCCAUAAAUGUAUUGGAAGAUGUGUUCUGUCGUUUUGGACACCUGAUAAAAGUUUACCUUGUGGCUGGAAAAAAUGUGGGCUAUGCGAAAUUUGCAGACAGAGCAAGUGCCAGUGAUGCCAUAACUGCAUUGCAUGGAAAGGUUGUGAAUGGUGUCAGGCUUAAAGUAAGAUUGGCAGACUCACCUACAGAAGAAUCUAACAAACGUCAGAGAACUUACUAAGUGGAAACUAAAUAAUGACAUGACCCUCAGCUAGCUGACUGACUGACUGAAAACGUGACUAGACAUGGUUCCUGUGGACAGUGACAACUUUUUAUUGUUACUUAGUUGAUCUUAUAUAUAUGGCAUUAUGUGUUUUAAAAAUGCAGACAUGUAGUUUUAAAAAUUAUCCAGACAUUUAAAAUUGUAAACUGAUGGUUGUUCUUGUAGUAGUCUGUCACCUUGUAUUAUAGAAAUAAAUCUUUGUGUUUGACUAAAUUCCUCCUCUAAAAUGGAAAUUACAAUGAUGGGGAAAAAAAAUGAGUCAGCAUUUUGUGGCUUAACUGGUUAACUGAUAAUGAUUCAGGUUAUAACUGCCAAAGUAGAAGGCACUUUCAGUGGUCGGAAUUACAGUGAAAAUUGAAGCACAGCAGUAGAUUAAAAGAAAGUGAAUAAUUAUUCCAGAAACUACUGGCACAUCAGAUAGUAUUCAGCCAGAUUUGGGAAAACAGCAGUACUCCAGAUUCAGGUAUGCUCUUAAGUAUUUUGUUGAUUUAGAUGAAAAGUAUUCAUUAUGCUCUAUAUACUGCUUAGUGUAAAGGACAUUUGACUGUGAGUCAGAGGACUGAGCUACUGAAACUUAAGCAUGCUUAUUUUGAUGUCUUUUGAUUGUAAUUGUGGGGAAAGUAUAGAGCUUGGAUUUUUUUUUCCUUGUUUGUGUUUUUUUUUUUUUUUUUUUAAGAAUCUUGCUGGGAAUAUGCUGUUUGAGUAAGAAUUGGAUAAUUCAGUAUUUCAGCAGGACCAUUGGUGAAGAGUAAACUAAGAUAGUUCAAAUAAGUAUUUGUAUAGAUAACUUUCAAAUACCAGCUUUUCUGUGCAUUUUGGAAUGCCAUUUGUCGAGUUGAAAAUGUCCUGGUUAUUAAAAGGUAUAACUACUGGCCUAAAGAAUUGAUCCAUAUGUUAGAGCACUAAGUGUAGAUUUGGGGUGCAUAAAUAUGUUUUAUUUUUAUUCCCCUGUGUGUAUGCAGAACACUGAAUUUCUUCUACUUAGUAAAUUCUAAUUGCAUGUACACUGUGGGACAAGCAUGCUGUGAUACACCUCCUUUCCAAGCUCCUCCAGUUCACCUCCCUUAAUCAUCAACAUGGAGGACCUACUGGAGCAUCCUGGAGACCCAUACCUGAGCAGCUUUAGGACUGUUUCCUUCCAAAGAAAUUCCAGACAUACAGGGAAAUAGUGGUGUGAAUUCAGGUCUCACUCCCUUAGUUACCAGGCAUGCAGGAUAGUCAAACGAUAGCCAGCGAGUACAACUUCAGAGGUUGAGGGUUGUAUGCCCUGAGAAUGGGGUUGUUGUCACAGAUGAGAAAGAGUAAACAACAUGCUGUAGUGGAUCUAGAUGCUGAGCUUUAUUUAAGAACCAACAAGAUCAGGGCUUAUACCCUACCUGAUUAUUUCACAUGCUUGCUUGUGAGCAAUCUCUGCAGUGUUAGGUUCACUUAGUCUUGACUUCCUUCCCAGCGGGGAGAUUGCAGCUGCUCCAGGGAGGUCAGGCAGAGAAUUGCUUUGGUUUGUGCUGUGCCACUGCUCCCAGCUACCAAUCUUGGCUAUUACUGGCCAAGGGCAUUCUUCAGCAUUCAUCUCCCCCACAUCUCUGAUCUACGUCCCGGAGUUUCCCCCACAUCCCGACUCUUCACCUUCUCAGGCUCCUUUCUUCUUUCUGACAACAUCAGGAACCCUUUUUGGCCUCCUUUCCAGUGCCCCAAUUGAACAUUUCUCCCAAUCUAAAUAGCCACUGUGCCGAAGCACAAGGCCCCCUAAUUGGAGGUUUUGUCUAAUGUCUCUUCAUUAAUUUAAGCUAUUUUUCACCUAUGACAGAUGGUCUCCUUUUCUUGUUUUUCAAAGAUAAAGGAUGUGAGAAGGUAUGCGGUAAUACUUGUGAUUAUAAGUAGCUCAGAGAUGGGGCGGGAGAGACUGCUUUUAAAUUUACUGUUUUGCAGUAGCGAAAGACCUGUACCCUUUAAGGCAAACAUCCUGGUUAGGGUUUAGUUACGGGGUUGGGGCAGUAAUGGUAAGGGGCAGAAGAACAGAGAUUUUGAUGCAAUGUUUUUAAUUGGAUGAUAUGCUUGCUUACAGCUUACCACUUUCAUUUUCAGUGCUUUACAAUCAGUUAUCUCAAAAUACAGCAGUACAAGCCUAGAUUAGCCAUCUAGUAAUGAAAUGAGAGUUCAGCUACUGCUAAAUCAAUGCAGUUAGAACGUUAUAUACAGGCAGAAUAUAUAACUAUUUAUGCAGCAAAUAUUUUAAAGCAUGCUUUAUUUGUAAUAUGUAGUGAAUACAAGAAUAUACUUGUAGUUUCUAUAAGAUAGUCACAUUCAGAUAGUCUUUAUUUAUUUCCUACCACCUUUUUAUAAAGAGAUAUAAAUAAAAUCUCUUGCAUUAGAGAGGAUGUAUGAGAAUAAGAGGGCUACUGCUGCAUUUGGUUCAGAAGUUUAAAGUGGCAGAAACUAUUUUAAAAGCACAAAGCAAUAUUCUUUUUUAAGUUAAAAGAACACUAGAAUAAGAUUGCACAAUCAGAUGCACAGAUACUAGGAAGCUGCAAAACAAAUUUCCUAAGAAACCUUAUUUUGCUCAUCUCCGUUCUAAUAUGGAUUCUGAUGCAGUCCUUCUGACUCACCAGCAGUUUUAUCCCACCACCAAGAGCAGUCGCCUCAUUCAGCACAAAUGAUGAAAUUGAAUCGGGUCUGUAAAAUCGAGUGUCUGUAAAAUGCCUGCCUACAACUUGUUGUAGAUGUUGGAAAUUAUGUAGUGAAUGAAACUAAUUUAUGAUUGAUUAAACUUGGAGAAUCAGA